CCUGAAUGUCUUUGGAAAUCUGAUCAGACCCAUAUAAACUCUUCCCUCCUCAAUCCUGCCAAUCUCUUCUCUUCCCUCCUUUUCCUAUUUCUGCUGCUUUAAUACUCCAUACCAGCAUUCCAAGACCUGAGAGAUACACAUUCGUUUCGGUGCCUCAUCAACAACAUUCCUGUACUUGCUUCAAGUACAACGAGUCGUACCUACCAAAGAAACAAAUACAAUAAAGUCCCGAAAACACCAUCAUACACAUAGAAUACACGUAUCGUAAAGCAACAACCGCCAACAUGCGUUACAAUUUCUCGACCGCCGCGGUCCUCUUCCUCUCUGGACUCGCCUCGGCACAAACAUUCACAGACUGCGAUCCUACCAAGAAGAGUAUGUCCCUCCUUCCCCAGUCUUGAUGCAUACUAACAAACCACCAGCAUGUCCCGCAAACCCAGGUCUCGGAGGAACCCACACCACAGAUUUCACCAAGGGUGAGAGCAAAGACUGGACUUUGGCAGAUGGCACAACCAUGACCUAUGGCCCCGAAGGUGCCAUCUUCGAAAUCAAGACCAAGACCAACGCCCCUACCAUGGCCUUUACCAAAUUCAUCAUGUUCGGAAAGGUAUCAGUGACCAUGAAAGCCGCACCCUCAGCCGGUGUCGUGUCCUCGUUCAUCCUGGAAUCCGAUGAUUUGGAUGAGAUUGAUUGGGAGUGGAUUGGAUCUCAGGACAACGAGGCACAGAGCAACUUCUUCGGAAAGGGCAACACGACCACCUACGACCGUGGAAAGACGCACCCAGUGUCUGGUGUCGUCUCGGGCUUCCAUACUUAUGAAAUUGACUGGAAAGCCGACAAGACCACCUGGGCUAUCGACGGUACCAUCGUUCGCACGUUGAUGUUCGCCGACCCCGUCGCCAACGGAGGAAAGAACUACCCUCAAUCACCUAUGGAGGUGAAGAUGGGAUCGUGGGUAGGCUGCGCCGACAAGGACGCCGCAGAAGACCCCAAGACCAAGGGAACAUGCGAAUGGGCACACGGUCCCGCUGAUUUCUCCAAGGCCCCCUUCAACAUGAUCGUCAAGAGCGUCACCAUCCAAGAUUACGGCUGUGGAGGAGAGUACUCCUACAGCGACAUGUCCGGCUCCUGGCAAUCCAUCAAGUCCACCGGAAAGUGUGACGGCAAAGCCAACCUUGAGGUUGCCCCAUCUGCCACCUCUGCCAAGAUCCCUCAAUUGACCGCUGGUGCGAAUGUUUCCUCUGGCAAGCCGGAAUCUCCCUCGGGUGCUCCUACUCCUACUGGACCAGGUGGCAUCUUCGCUACUGCUACCGGCGCCAACGGCUCGACUCCUACUGGCGCCAACGGAACUGGUCUUUUGAGCUCUCCUCGACCCACUGGCACUGCUGGAUCCAGCGCUCCUACUGCUACCUCAGCGAGCGCGGGCAAUAGCUCGAAGCCCGCGAAGUAUGGGGCUAUCGAUGUGGCGGUUAUGGCGUUGGGACUUGGUCUUGGAUACCUUGUCAUGUAAAUUUGAUCUACAGUAACGGAGCGGAGCGGAGCGACGUCUACAUCUCAUGACAUGACACUCUCGGGCUUCCCUGUAUUUUAUUUACAUCUCUUUCUCCUUUUUUCUUUCUUGUUUACAAUCUUUCCUUUCCAUGUUUUCCAAGUUUUUUUGCGGCGUUGAUAUCCUGGGAGCAUAUGUUUUACCAUCUGGCGGGAGGGUUUGGGUGUUUUGUGUGCGCGUAGAGUAGAGUUGAGCUUUGCAUCUGCCAUGGAGUUUUUUUCUCUUUUUUCUUUUUGGGCAUAUGCGAUUUGAUGUCUGUGGGUGGGCUGUUGGUUGGAUGAAAGGAUGGAUGGAGGGGGAAAGGUCAUGGCAUGCAUGGGAUGAAAGAAAUGUCAUGAUACACAACCCCCUAACCUUGGAACAUGAAGGAUACCAAUACUUACUGUAUACAAAAUGGAUUACUGGAUGUGGGGCUCCCUUUUUCUCUGGCUUUGAGAGGGAGAGAGGGGAAGGGUUUAAUAAUUGAGAAGUGAGAAUUGAGAGGGGGUGUUUGACGAAAA